AUGGGAAUACCAUUGUCAUCGACGGAGAGGUUAACGGCACUAGGUCUCCUUACAGCUACUGGUCAGCACAUAACCGUUCGAGGAGAAGGUAUCGCUACCUUCAAGAUUGGUGGAAGAACAUACAGACAUGAGGUGGUUAUUGCUGACAUCGUGGAUGACUGUAUUAUCGGUUUAGACUUCAUGAAGCAUUACAACUGUAAGAUUGACCUGAAGAACGGCACAUUCAAGUGUAGAGAUGAAGUAGUUUCCCUAAAAGAUAACACAUUGAAGAACGGGUACGACGUGUAUAGAGCUAUCAUUGAAGAUGGUACAUUUAGUAAACAACGAGAUAUAGUUCAAGCAGGUACUGGAGGGACUGUAAGGAAACCUUGA